AUGAUUAACACUAUCAGAGUGUAUAAUGACAUUGGAACAUCCGUUCUUUGUGUUCAUAACACAAUUCAAUUGUUUCAUCAUUUUUUCCCUUGUGCUAAUAUUUUUAAAAUUUCUUCUUCAGAAAUUAAGACGAACAAAUGGAUUGAAAGUACUGAUUUGUUAGUCAUACCAGGAGGUGAGGAUUUACCUUAUCUUGAUAAACUUCAGAUUGAUGGAAUUGAACUGAUUAAGUCGUUUGUUUUCAAUGGGGGGAAAGUUCUUAGGGAUGUGUGCUGGAGCAUACUUUUCAUCAUCAACAUUAAGUUCUUUUUAACUUCUCAAUUAGUUAUUGAAGGAGAACGUUACUUAAAAUUUUAUGAGGGAAAUGCAAUUGGUCCAGUGUAUGAUGGAUAUCAACCAAAUAGUGAGUCAGGUGCACAUAUAGUAAAGAUAAAGUACAAGAAUACCUAUGCAUAUGUUUAUUAUAAUGGAGGUUGUUAUUUUGAUGAUAAUAAUAAUAAAGUAGAGGGUACUCAUUUUGCAUUGUAUGAAGAUGGUAAAAAAUGUGGUUAUACUAGAAGGUAUGGAAAAGGAAAAAUUCUCAUCACAGGAUUUCAUUUUGAGUUUGAUGAACAAUGUUGUUCUCAUUUAUUAAGUAAAUUAAGUUAUGAUGAUUUUGAAUCAAGAAGAGAAAACCUUGUUAGAUAUAUUUUUUCAUUAUUGAGUGAUUGUUAA